GGGCGUUUCCGCAUUCCAGCGCGAGCGCGCACACGAGCCGAGCGCAGCGCGGAGACAGACGCGACGCAUCCGAGACCCUCCUCGAUAUUCCGCUGGAAAGUUGCCCGUUCUGCCACCGGGAUGCCGUACAUCCUCAUCAGCACACAGAUCAGACUGGAGACGGGGCCCACAAUGGUCGGUGACGAAUAUUCCGAUCCAUCCAUCAUGGACUACCUCGGAGCCCGGAAAACAACCAUGCUGGGAAACAACUUCUCCGAGUAUCACGUGGACGAACCGCCGAGACUCGUCUUGGACAAACUGGAACAGAUUGGGUUCAGAGUGGUCAGCAUGACAGGAGUCGGUCAGACGCUGGUCUGGUGUCUCUAUAAAGAGACGAGUGACUCGCUGUGACUCUGUGGCUCUUGUACUGCAGGUAAACAUGGUAAACGAGGCGAAGAAGGGUAUUAAUGAAGAGAUCUCAGAAACUCUCAAAUGAAGUGAUGUGCAAGAUUA